AUGCCGAGCGAUGGCGUUCAAGCGCCUGACCCACUCGACGUGGAUGCGCACGGCAUUCCCAUUUCCUGCGCCCAUAGCCCGCAGACGGAUCUGCCCGUGUGGCAAUACGUUCACAAAUUGACGACACCCGUCGCGAACGAAAAAAAUGCCAGUCGACCGUAUACGCACAUUUGCAUUCUGUGCGCCGCUGCCCCACCACUGCGGUCCACGAAGAAGAGAGCGGCGACGUGGAAAGAUGCGCUGAUGCGGCAGCGAAUGUCGACGAACGCCGUCGCGCACGUUCAGCGCGUGCACCCGCACGAGUUCACGACUAUUGCCGACUACAAACAACGCAAGCGCACUGCCGGACUGGCAACGAAAGCGCGAGUGAAAAAUAGUAGUCGUAAUAGUAGUACUACUACUGCGACGACGACGACGACAGCAAGUACUACUACUACUGCGCCGCCCCCUCCACCUGCGCUCACGAGCGAGAGCCGAGGGCCAAAGCUGAAGAAAAGUAGCGCUAAAGUGACGCGAAAAAGUGGCACCCAGCAGCAGCAGCAGCAGCGACUCGGACCGAAGAGACGCCGAGGCGCCGACAGAGCGCUUGCGACUCCCUUGAGACGCAGCCGCAACGCCGUUGCGAGCGCUGCGCCUUUCGACAGCACAGCAGCAGUGGGCGAGCGGUCGUCGGAUCCCCACGCGGCCGACAGUGCCGUUCAGUGGCUCUUGUCGUCGGGACUGCCCGCGUCGGCGCUCGACGAUCGACAUCUGCUUCAGCUCGUGCACCGCCCGCUCGUUGGGCCGUCGGCGCUGGACGUGGCCGUCCACGUGCAGCGCGAGUUUGGCCGAUUCGGCCAUUGGCUUUCGUCGUAUCUGCUCGCCGAGUCGCGGGCGGCAAUGGGACUUUCGUUUCUGGCGCUUCGUCACGAGUUGCGGCCGCUGGAGACUGCUACUGUGGCAGCGGCAGGCGCCGUGACGCUGACGGGUCGGCCGCUGGCGACGCAGCAACGAGCGUUUGUCAGUGCUGCUAUUGGGUUCAUCGACUCCCAGUGGCGCAAAGUGGAUUUGGUGCUCGCAGCGAAAGUGGUCCCGCGGACAUGGGACCAGCACGUGACGCAGCUCGUAGACCAGACAGUGUCGAAGGUGUACAACAUCCCGUCCAUCUCAGAGUACGCACGGUUCGAUCAAGUUGCUGCUGCUGCUGCUGCUGCUGCUGCUGCUAGUGGGGCUGAAGAUGCUGCUGCUAGUGGGGCUGAAGAUGCUGCUGAUGUGCCCUCAGGACUUGAUGUGAAGGGAGAGUAUGGGUCGUGCACCGACAAGCGGGAGGAUUUGCUCACACGAACGCUGCGCCAAUGUGUGAGUGACGCUCUAGGAGUUGGCCGCUGCAGUUUGUCUGGCGAGGAGACGAACGUUUGUCGCAUCUUGCGCUUACUGCAAGAGCUAAUGCAGUUCUUUGAGCCGUCCGAGCGAUCCCGUGCUCUGGCCGAGAUUGGCGCUGCUUGCAGCACAGGCACGUCGCUUUGCUCGCUUGUGUCGAUGGAAAAGAUGAUGCUGUCCACCCAUACCUCGAUUGGUGUGCUUGCGAGACUCCUCGCAACAAGUUGCGCGCGGUUCCCGUUGUACCAGUCGUACUUUCAAUCCCCUGUCCGACCGACAGCGACAGAGCCCGAUGACGAGUCGGCGUGGACGCAGCUGACUAUGCAGGAUUGGCAAACCGUCACGGAAGUCGAAGCAAUUUUGAGCCAUCUUGGACAGUUCCGUCUCGAAAAGCGCGUUGCUCUGAGAACGAGCGCAGUGGCAUCGUCGUAUGCUAUGCUGUUCCGACGUCUGUUGUCUGUUACUACGAAUGCUUCCAGCUUGAAGGUCUACUGCAUGGAUGAGCCCAUCAUCAAUUUACCGUCUACCCGGCGCACGAUUCAACGGAAGGCCAAGCGUGUGGACGAGUUUACCCCGACUGGCCGGCAGUGUCUUUUGCAGCUCCGGCAGCUCAUCUCACAGAAGUUCUCGAGUCCUUCUACCCCGUCCGCCGUUGACGAUGAAAUAAAAGCUAUGCUGCUGGAUCCUCGUAUCAGCUGCAAGGUUGGCGAUCUUGUAACGGACGCCCAAGCAUUGUGUCGCGCUCAGGAAGCUUUGCGCCAGGAACAUCGUACUGUGUUCGAGUUGCUUGCAGCCCGUGACGGCGACGGCUUUCCUGGUCCAGACAAUGAGAUCGAAGAUGACCUCGAUGACGAGUUCAGUUCUCUGUUGAUGGUAGAGGGGUCGAAAAACCAGUCGCCUGCCGUGUCAUCAUUCAUCACACUUAGCGGCAGACGUCCAAGCAAAAACGACGUAGCUGAGGAUGAGGUUCGCGCUUGGCGAGAGUGGCAGAAUGUGUGCAUUGAGGGAAACGCCCUCGCGCAAAUUGGCGCUGAUUUGUUCAGCAAGGGCAAGUACAACUUACUGAAGCUGUACCACCACGUGGACAUACUGGAGUGGUUCCGGGAUGUUGGCCAGCAUGCGCAUCCAGCAGCGUCACUGCUGGCUCGCAUCUACCUCGGCCGACAAAAUUCGCCAUCCCCAGCCCUCAGGACGUCGCUCUCACGCUUUACGGUGCAAGAAGAGGCCACGUGGGCUUUGGGGGCUGCUCAACGAGCGGAAAGGCGGUGCAUUUUGCACCACAAUUGGCGCCAGUACCAAGAGCUGAAGUCAAAGGCAACGCCAUCGGCCGCCAACAACGAAAUGGUCAACCCGAGUUUGAGUGGUUUUUGA